UAUUUUUGUUGUUCUCACUGUUGUGAGCAUGGCACAUGAUCACCAUGGUCAUGGUCAUGAUGAACAUCAUGAGCAUUAUUCUCAUCCGAAAUAUGAAUUCAAAUAUGGUGUAAAGGACUUGAAAACUGAGGAUAUUAAAGAACAAUGGGAACAUCGGGAUGGCGAUAAAGUUAAUGGCGGUUACCUGUUGAAGGAAGCUGAUGGCACCACUCGUGUCGUCAACUAUCAUGCCGAUGAUCAUAGUGGCUUCCAUGCUGAUGUCAAAACAAUUGGUCACGCUGAACAUCCUAAAACUCACCACAAGCACCACGAAAAACAUGAUCAUGAGCAUCACGUUGAGCAUGCCACCCACCAUGUUGAACAAGAUCAUCAUCAUUCUGUUCCCGCCCAUCAUGAUGAAAAGGAACAUAUCGUGAAAUACGCCAAUCAUGUGCAACAUGAUGAUCAUCACAAUGCCCACGAUCGCGAUGACCAUCAUGCCACCCACCAUGUUGGACGCGAUCAUCAUCAUUCUGCCACCACUCACCACGAUGAAAAGGAUCAUAUUAUAAAAUAUGCCAAUCAUGUAGAACAUGAUGAUCAUCACAAUAGCUAUUAUCACGAUGAUCAUCACGAAGAUUAUAAAUAUGAGCAUUAUUCCGGUGAUCAUCAUAGUCAUGCAACCAGUUUUGUUAAAGUAAAACACCACUAA